AUGCUCAGAAGCCGAGCAGGUUUGGGGCUUCAGCAGGCAGCUAGUGCGUUUCUCCGAAAGAAGGAAAAGGAGCAGGAAGGGGAGGAGGACUCGGGCAGCGGUAGCCACGAUCGCCACCACCAGGCAGAGGAAGAGUUCGCGGGAUCAGAGAGGGCUGGGGAGGGCAGGGGCGCGCAGGACGCGGGGGCGGAUCAGCCGAGCCCCAGUGCAGUCGCCCAGGCAGGUGCCACGGCUGCUGCCCGGAGGCGGCAUGUGACGCGCGGCCGCAGCUGCCCGCGGGCGGAGCGCGCUCGGACCCGGGGAGCGCAACCGCGGGCUGAGUCGGCUGCAAGCGGGGAGCUCAGCGCUCGCGACCCACCCGGAGGAGUCCGCAGCUGCGCUUGCACCCAGAAGCCUGAUGAUGCAGACAAGGGCGGCUCCGGGGCGCGAGCGACCCUGAGGGCAGUCGCCGUCUCGGAACCCCGAGCUGCGAGUGACCGAGGUUCUGCGGAGAGGACUGGACUGGACGGUCCGGGAGAUUUGGGGGAGGCGCGGAGGACUCGAGUGGGACAGCCACCUGGAGCGCGACUGCCAGAUAUGACUGGUAAUGGCAUCUGCUUCAGUUCUGAGAUGCUCAGUGGACUGGGGGUUGAGUGAACCGUAUCCCUUCUCAUCGUGAUACACAGCAGAGAGGCCCUCUACCU